AUGGGGGCAAUUGGUGGGGAAGAUCUAAUGAAGUGGGAGAAGAUGCAAGGAGCAGGUGCUCGCGAAGAGAAGAUUCUAGUUUUAGUGAGGUUAAGGCCCUUGAGUGAGAAGGAGGUUGCAUCAAAUGAAGUAGCAGAUUGGGAAUGCAUCAAUGACACCUCCAUCUUAUACCGAAACACACUGCGGGAAGGGUCUACAUUUCCAACUGCCUAUACAUUUGACAGAGUAUUUCGGGGUGAUUGCUCUACAAGGCAGGUUUACGAAGAAGGAGCCCAACAAAUUGCCCUUUCAGUUGUCAAUGGUAUCAACUCAAGUAUUUUUGCAUAUGGUCAAACAAGCAGUGGGAAAACGUACACCAUGGAUGGUAUAACAGAGUUUACAGUAGCAGAAAUAUUUGACUAUAUACACAGGCACGAGGAGCGAGCUUUUGUUGUAAAGUUUUCAGCAAUUGAGAUAUACAAUGAAGCUGUUAGAGACCUCCUAAGUUCAGAUAAUACUCCACUUAGGCUGCUAGAUGAUCCCGAGCGGGGGACUAUAAUAGAGAAAAUCAGAGAGGAAGUUCUGAGGGACUGGAGCCAUUUAAAGGAGCUCCUUUCUAUCUGCGAAGCUCAAAGACAGAUAGGGGAGACUGCAUUGAACGAGAAAAGCUCUAGAUCACAUCAAAUUAUUAGAUUGGCAAUUGAAAGUUCUGCUCGUGAGUUUUUAGGCAAGGGAAAUUCAACCACCCUUGCAGCUAGCGUGAAUUUUGUGGACUUGGCAGGAAGUGAGCGUGCAGCUCAGGCAUUAUCAGCUGGGACGAGAUUAAAAGAAGGCAGCCACAUUAAUCGCAGUUUACUUACUCUCGGGACUGUUAUUCGCAAGCUAAGUAAAGGAAGACAUGGACACAUCAAUUACAGAGAUUCUAAGCUGACACGCAUACUGCAGCCUUGCUUGGGUGGUAACGCUAGAACUGCCAUCAUUUGCACUUUGAGCCCUGCACGAAGCCAUGUUGAGCAAACUAGAAACACUCUUUUGUUUGCUUGUUGUGCAAAAGAAGUGACUACAAAAGCACAGGUCAAUGUAGUCAUGUCAGACAAGGCACUGGUUAAGCAUUUACAAAAAGAGCUGGCUAGAUUGGAGAGUGAGUUGAGAACACCUGGCCCUCCUUCCUCAACUUGUGACUACACAACAUUACUUAGAAAGAAAGAUGUUCAGAUAGAAAAGAUGGAGAAGGAAAUUAGAGAGCUGAAAAAGCAACGCGAUCUUGCUCAAUCACGGGUGGAGGAUUUACUACGGAUGGUUGGAAAUGAUAAUGAUUCAAGACAAGCUUCAGACAAUCAUCAUCCUAAAUGGCAAGCAGGGGAUGUUUCUGAUGAUGAAUAUUCAGUAUCAUCAGGUGUGGUUGAUUCUCAUUAUCUGAAUGGUGUCAGAAAGUUCAACAAUCCUCAUUUUGAUGAAAGAGACAGUGAGAGCAGUCCUGAGGAAACUGCAGGUGGAACUGCAGAAAAUACUGAUGACUACUGCAAAGAAGUUCGCUGUAUUGAGAUGGAAGAGCCAAGCUGGGACAAGAACUCUGGAUCCCCUGCCUUAUCUACUAUUGGCAAUGAAGGAACAUCUGCUUUGACAUCUGGGGAUACAAGGGAAACAGGUCAAGAAUUGAUAUCUACCCCAGUGAAUGCAGAUAGAGAAGGGAUUCAGAUGCAAAAUGGUUUUGCAUAUGGCACAUUGGAGCAGAGACUACAUGAUGUACAAAUGACCAUUGAUUCUCUUGGUAGUCCUUACCCUGAAGAAUCAUUUCCGCAUGAUAUUUCAGCAAAUAUGUCAAGUUCUAGAAGCCUAAAGUUAACUAGGAGCUGGAGUUGUAGAGCAAAUCUCAUGACUGGCUCAUCUUCUCCGGAUAAAUCGGAGAGAACCCCACCUAAUGGGUUUGAGAAAAGCUUUCAUGGGAGACCAGAAAGUUUUGGGAGGAAGGUUCCUCUAUUACAUUAUGAUUCCAACAGAAGGUUGUCAAGAAAUGAUUCUCAAUCUUCCCUUGGGAGUGCUGUGGAUGAGCUAGGAGCACAGACCACCGAUGAAGAUAUUACUAGUGUCCAUACUUUUGUCGCAGGACUAAAGAAAAUGGCCAAAAAGCUUGAGUAUGACAAACAACUUGCCAAUGGUCAGGACCAAGAGACUGGGGUAGCAGCUGAAAACUUUGAGAAGAAUGUGAAAGAUGGAGGAAUAGAUCCAAUGCUGGAAGUAUCAGAAACACUUGAUUGGCCUCUGAAAUUUGAGAGACAGCAGAGGGCCAUACUUGAACUUUGGGAAACUUGCUACAUAUCAGUGGUCCACAGAACCUACUUUUUCUUGCUCUUCAAAGGUGAUCCAACGGAUUCCAUUUACAUGGAGGUAGAGCUUAGGAGACUCUCUUUCCUCAAAGAGACUUUUUCCCGUGGAGAUCAUGCUGUGGAAAAUGGUCAGGCGCUCACACUGGCUUCAAGCAUAAAAGCUAUUGGUCGUGAGAGACAGAUGCUAAGCAAGCUGAUGCAGAAAAGGUUUUCAGAAGAAGAGAGAAUGAGACUCUUCCAGAAAUGGGGCGUUGCACUGAAUUCCAAGCGCAGGAGGCUGCAGCUGGCCAACCGCUUGUGGAGUAACACAAAUGAUAUGAACCAUGUAACGGAGAGCGCUGCCAUUGUUGCGAAGCUCGUGAUGUUCGUAGAACAGGGGCAUGCCCUCAAGGGAAUGUUUGGGUUGAGUUUCACACCCCCGAAAGCAAGGCGUAGAUCCUUUGGAUGGAAAAAUAGCAUGGCAUCUCUUAUAUAA